GAAGGAUAUAAAUAUCCACUUCAUUGCCACGCUCACUACAUAACAAAACACACCGUUUCAUAAGAUACGAUUCCAAAAUUCAGAUUCGAAAACAAUGGAACAAAUUCACGGCGGCGAUUCGAAUUCCGGCGGCGGAGGAGGAGGAAGUAGCCGGAACGAUGAGAUUUCUGUGACGAGAGCGUCGCGUUUCGAUGCAUUGCCGGAAGAUUGUAUCUCGAAGGUGAUUUCACAUACGAGUCCUCGGGACGCUUGUGUUGUGGCUUCGGUUUCGAAAUCGGUGAAAUCUGCGGCGCAAUCGGAUUUGGUUUGGGAGAUGUUUCUUCCGUCGGAGUACUCGUCUCUUGUUCUUCAAUCAGCGAAUCAUUUAUCGAAAAAGGAGAUCUUUUUAUCUCUCGCUGAUAACUCUGUUUUGGUUGAAAAUGGCAAAAAGAGCUUUUGGGUGGAGAAAGCUAGUGGGAAGAAGUGUUAUAUGUUAUCAGCGAUGGAAUUGACGAUCAUUUGGGGAGAUUCUCCUGCUUAUUGGAAAUGGAUUACAGUUCCUGAAUCUAAGUUUGAGAAAGUAGCGGAGUUGCGUAAUGUGUGUUGGUUUGAGGUUCGGGGAAAGAUAAGUUGUGGAAUGUUAUCAAAAGGGACUCAUUACUCGGUUUACGUAGUGUUCAAGACAGCAAAUGGUAGAUCAUAUGGGUUUGAUCUCGUACCUGUGGAAGCUGGAGUUGGUUUUGUGGGGAAAGUAGCUACCAAGAAGUCAGUGUAUUUUGAAUCCGGUAAUGCGGAUUCACGGAGCGCUACUUCCCAUUACUCGGGGAUUUCGUAUGCGAUGGUUUCUAGAGCGUUUAGGAUGAGGCGUCCGUGGAUGCAGGUUCAGAGAGAAGAAGAAGAAGAAGUUGAAGGAGAAAGGGAGCGUGGUAUGAAUGUGGUGGGGCCAAAGGAGAGAGUAGAUGGGUGGAGUGAAGUGGAGCUUGGAAAGUUUUACAUUAACAAUGGAGGUUGUGGUGAUGAUGGUAGUGAUGAGAUUGAGAUUAGUAUAAUGGAGACUCAGAAUGGAAAUUGGAAGAGUGGUUUGAUUAUUCAGGGAAUUGAGAUCAGGCCUGAAAGAAGCAACUGAUUUUGAUCAAAUUGUGUAUUUUGAAGUAUGAAACACAGUUUUAAAAACAUGUCUUCUAAUGUCUCGAGUUUACUUACAGUUUGGAGUUCUUGAUAUGAAAUAGCAGAGAAGUUGAUAAUUCUCUAUCUUGUGUACUAAUGUCUGAAUAGCAAGAAGAAAGAUGGUUCAUGAUUCUUAUGUUUCCCAUUCAUUUCACCAUUGUGACUAUCUUUCUUCUGUUUCCUGUUUCCACAUCCAUACAUGUCAUCUUGAGUCUUGGUUCAACACUCUUUUGCUUAGUCAUGCCCUGUAGCUGAAACCAUUUGUCCAUGAUUCACACAUUCGCUCAGUUAAAUGUCUAAAACGUUUAUAUUCCUACCUAGUAACUACCAUCUUCUAGAUCACGCCUGGAAAAAGAAGACAUCGUGUAGCUGAAUGAUCUCUUGUGAUUUGUGAACAAAGUGUAUAU